AUGGGGAAUGCCGCCAGCCCGCCACCCUCGCCGCUAUUACCCACCGCAAAUGCGGAGAGGCCCUUCGCAUCGAUGUGCUCACGCGCCGUCCAUGACCAGGGCCAGUGGGAUAUCGCCGGCUCGCGCAGGGGCGGCGGAAGAACUGGGACAGUGAUCGUCGCUGCGCUGGAGUACACAACUGGAGAUGGCUCCGCAGAUUGCGACCGACCAAGGAGGGGGUGCGCGAACGACCAGGCACAGCUGGUCGUGAACCUUUUUGGGUUCUCUUCGCAUGAACCUUGCAACAGCGGACUCCGUCGCAGUCGCGCGUCUCAGGUUCACGUCAGCAAUAAGCCCGGUCAAGCGCCAGGCUCAUUGCUUCACGACACUCGGGGGAUCCAGAGAGGUCGUCGUCGGUCAUCGGGUCAGAUGUAUGAUUCGCUGCUCCAUCCAGAAGCGAUAAUCCUUCGCUUGGGAACGCGGGGAAUAACCGGCUCUGACGUUGCAGUCGGCAAGUGCGACCGCCACUGGUGUGAUAUGCACACGAAAUUGAUGAUCACCGACAGGCUGGAAAGGGUUGUACCUGCCCCGUGCAGCGCGGUGGCGGGCGCACCCCCUCAACAAGGAAACUCCCCGGGCGUCGCCAACGAGCCGCCUAUGCGAACAAAUCAAGACAUCUCGGAACUGGGACAGGAACUACUGCCAGUUUUUUUUGGGUUUCUAAAGGGGGGAUACUAG